AUGGAAAAAAAGUUUAUCAUAAUUUCUUUAGAAGGCAAUAUUGGUGCAGGUAAAUCAACUUUGUUUGAAAUAUUGAAAUAAGAAUACCCAUAAGCAAUUUUUUUGAUGGAACCAUUAGAAAGAUGGUAAAAAAUUAAUGGGAAUUCUGAACUCAACAUUUUAGAGAAGUAUUAUUCAGAUGUAGAGAGAUGGGGAUUUACUUUUUAAAUAUAUGCAUACUAAUCUAGAUUAAUGGCAUGGGAUAGAUAAUUAUAAUAGAUAUUACAAAAUAAACAAUAAAAUAAAGAUCCUAUAUUAGUAUUUACAGAAAGAAGUAUAGAAAGUGCUAGAGAACUGUUUUUUAAGUUAUGUUAUAAAGAUGGAAAGAUAAGUUAAAUAGAAUUUGAAAUUUAUGAAGAAUUUUAUGAAUGGUUAAUGAAUCAUUAUAAAUAAUAUUUGAUAGAUUGUGUAAUUUAUGUGAAUACUCCUCCAGAGAUUUGUUUGUAAAGAUUAAUAUAAAGAGGAAGAUAGGAAGAAGCAUGUGUACCACUGGAAUACUUGAAAAAUUUGCAUUAAAGACAUGAAGAUUGGCUUUAUGAGAAAAUUAAUAGAUUUUAAAUAAUAAAUAUAGAUGGAACAAUGAAUUAUGUUAAAGAUUAGAAUAUAAAAGAACGUGUGAGAUAACAGUUAUUGUUUGAAAUAUAAAGAUUAAAGGAUUAGCUUAAUUGA